AUGACACAACAAGACGGAGAAUGGAGUCAAGUCAGCCGGAAACGCGGGCGCAUACGGCAUGUGCCAAAACCCAAGACGGAGGUGGAUGAGAGCAAGGAGAACGGACUGGGAAUCCGACCAAAUCCGAACCCCGAAUUCACAGUCAGCGACAUGCACAAGCAUCACGACACGGCCCGGCAAGAGUGGCAGAUCUCGGAUUGCUGGACGACCCUGGAGCACCUGCUUGCCACUGCUUUAUCCGAGUCCAGUUGCCCUCAUAUCACCAAAGCCAUCUGUUUCGGACCUGGUCCAUACGAUCCUAGCAAUGGCAGUUUUGCGGCGAGGCGGACAGCUCAUAUGCAGACCGCGGCCUUUUGUGCCAUUGUUGACUUCCUAGAAUCUCAUUGUCAACACAAAAUCAAACGUGUCAUUCAGGAGCCCAUGUUCACCCAGAUCGACAGGGACUUCUGUGUCGAACUCGGGUUUGAAGUUGUCGACACUCCAGAUGCGUUUCCCAUGGUUGAUGAGCAAACUUUGGUCUAUGUUAUACUGCUUGUUAUCGUGCUGCCCCUGGGUGUGGGCCUUGGUGUUGGGUUAUCGAAGUCGUCAAAGUCCACCGCAAUAGAACCUAGGCCAUCAAGCUCACAAACUACCCUUCCGCUAUCAAGCAGCCCCGAACCAUCUCCCAAUUCCUCGGCCAUUCCCAGUCAUUCUCAAACACCAGCCUCAACCGCAACGACCGCCCCAACUAGCACCACCUCCUCAUCGAACAGCAAACCAAGACCAACAGCCUAUUCCGACUGUCCCGCCGCCAACAACACCAUGCACCGAAUCCCCGGGUUAGCAAAAAGCUUUCUGCGCCUUUGCGGAGUGGACUAUACCGCCGAUGACCUCGGAAACUUUCUCUCGGGCAAUAUGGCCGAGUGUAUCGAUGCCUGCGCGGCCAUGGAGAGGUGUACCGGCUGCUCUUGGGGCUAUCUGGAUGGUGAUAAGGGUAACAAGCAUCGGUGCUGGUUGAAGGGUAAUUUGGGGACUGCCAGGGAGGAGCCAGAUGAUUGGUGUUUUGCGAUGAUUCCGCGAUAG